CCUUCCCCGCCGGGACCCAUCGGUCCGGCCAUGGCCACCAAGAAGGCGGGCUCGCGGCUGGAAACGGAGAUCGAGCGGUGCCGCUCGGAGUGCCAGUGGGAGCGGAUCCCCGAGCUUGUCAAGCAGCUCUCGGCCAAGCUCAUCGCUAACGAUGACAUGGCAGAACUUCUUCUUGGAGAGUCCAAACUGGAACAGUUUUUGAAGGAAAAUGCUCUUAAGCAGAGCAGUAGUCCACGGGGCCCCCGGCCAAAGCUAACUGAGGUCAGGAAGCAUCUAACAGCAGCACUUGAUAGAGGAAACCUAAAGCCAGAAUUCUUACAAGAGGCUAACCUACUUAUGGCCAAAUUGAACUAUGUGGAAGGGGACUACAAGGAAGCUCUGAACACAUAUGCCAGAGUUGGAGUUGAUGAUUUGCAGCUAGCUGCUGUGCCACCAUAUAGGUUACGGAUGAUUGCUGAAGCAUACUCUACUAAAGGUCUCUGUCUUGAGAAGCUGCCAAUUUCUUCUUCAGCUAGCAACCUCCAUGUGGACCGUGAACAAGAAAUUGUUAUGUGCUAUGAGAAAGCUGGGGAUAUUGCUCUUCUGUACCUUCAGGAGAUAGAAAGGAUAAUGAAUGCUAAUAUACAGAACAGAAGCCCUAAGCCAGGGCCUACUACACAUGAACAGGAACUUGGUUUUUUCUUGGAAACAGGACUACAGAGGGCGCAUGUUUUAUAUUUCAAGAAUGGGAACUUGACAAGAGGAGUUGGUAGAUUUAGAGAAUUACUAAGAGCUGUUGAAACAAGAACUACACAAAAUCUGCGAAUGACGAUAGCAAGACAACUGGCUGAAAUUUUGUUACGAGGCAUGUGUGAACAGAGUUAUUGGAAUCCACUGGAAGAUCCUCCUGACCAAUCGCCACUGGAUGAUCCACUUAGGAAAGGUUCAAAUACAAAAAAUUACACACUCAGUAGAAGACCACGGGUAUAUACUGGAGAAAACAUCUUUUGUCCUCAAGAAAAUACAGAAGAAGCCUUACUGUUGCUACUUAUUAGUGAAUCUAUGGCUAACCGUGAUGCUGUUCUAAGCAGAAUACCAGAACACAAAAAUGAUCGUAUCAUCAGUUUGCAAAGUGCAUCUGUAGUAUAUGAUUUGCUUACUAUAGCCUUGGGAAGAAGAGGCCAAUAUGAAAUGCUCUCAGAGUGUUUAGAAAGAGCCAUGAAGUUUGCGUUUGAAGAAUUCCAUCUCUGGUAUCAAUUUGCAUUGUCCUUGAUGGCAGCAGGAAAAUCUGCUCGAGCUGUUAAGGUCUUGAAGGAAUGUAUUCGUUUGAAACCAGAUGAUGCAACUAUUCCUCUCCUUGCUGCAAAGCUCUGUAUGGGAUCUCUCCACUGGUUGGAAGAAGCAGAAAGAUUUGCUGAAACAGUUGUUGAUCUUGGAGACAAAACGUCUGAGUUCAAAGCAAAAGGAUACUUGGCACUAGGAUUGACGUACAGUCUGCAGGCUACUGAUGCAUCUUUGCGAGGGAUGCAAGAGGUCUUGCAGAGAAAGGCUCUUCUUGCAUUUCAGAGGGCUCACAGUUUGUCUCCAACAGAUCAUCUGGCAGCGUUUUACUUGGCACUGCAGCUUGCCAUAUCCAGACAGAUACCAGAAGCUUUGGGUUAUGUUCGUCAGGCUCUGCAGCUACAAGGGGAUGAUGCCAACUCUCUUCAUCUCCUUGCACUUUUGCUAUCAGCCCAGAAACACUACCAUGAUGCUUUGAACAUCAUUGAUAUGGCCCUGAGUGAAUACCCAGAAAAUUUUAUACUACUGUUCACAAAAGUCAAACUGGAAUCCCUGUGCAGAGGCCCAGAUGAAGCACUCCUUACCUGUAAACACAUGCUCCAAAUUUGGAAAUCCUGCUAUAAUCUCACUAACCCAAGUGAUUCUGGACGUGGGAGCAGCCUGUUAGACAGAGCUAUUGCCGAUAGACGACAGCUUAAUACAAUUACAUUACCAGAUUUCAGUGAUCCUGAAACAGGUUCGAUCCAUGCGACUUCAAUAGCAGCUUCCAGAGUGGAGCAGGCGCUGUCUGAAGUUGCUUCAUCUCUGCAAAGCAGUGCCCCUAAACAAGGUCCCCUGCAUCCUUGGAUGACGCUAGCUCAAAUAUGGCUUCAUGCAGCUGAAGUCUACAUAGGAAUUGGGAAGCCUGCUGAGGCCACUGCAUGCACCCAGGAAGCAGCUAAUCUCUUCCCAGUGUCUCACUAUGUGCUUUACAUGAGAGGUCAGGUGGCUGAACUUCGUGGAAAUAUUGAUGAAGCCAAACGCUGGUAUGAAGAGGCCUUAUCUAUUAGUCCUACUCAUGUGAAAAGCAUGCAGCGGCUGGCACUGAUACUUCACCAGCUUGGGCGCUACAGCUUGGCCGAGAAGAUUCUCAGAGAUGCUGUGCAGGUGAACUCCACGGCCCACGAGGUCUGGAACGGCCUGGGUGAGGUGCUGCAGGCUCAAGGCAAUGAUGAUGCUGCUACUGAGUGCUUCCUGACAGCACUGGAGCUUGAAGCCAGCAGUCCUGUUGUCCCUUUUACAAUCAUCCCGAGAGUUCUUUGAGAGGAUACCUUGGCCAGCUUAUUUUGGUCUGACUUCUGGGUGUGAAAACCCAGUGUUUCAGGCUGCCUGGUAACUGAUUGUUUUGAAAAUCCUUAGAGCAGCAGGUAACAAACUCAUCUUCUGUGGGAAAGUGGCCAAAACAGUGUCAUGAUGCAUUCUGUUGUUGAACUGAGAGGACAGAAUGGCUAACCAGAGCCAAAUCAGUCAUAUCGCCAAUGUUUUUACCCUGGUAGUUUUGAAAGUUCAUUAUAUUGUUCCUGAAAGAUGUGCCAUACUUUGUUAGUGAUACUUGAGUGUUACAUAAAAUUAUAAUGGAAUCAACUACCAAACGUAGAAUAAUAUAUCCAAGUUAAAAUUCAGUGGCAGAGCAGACUAUUUUUAACAAGGCUGUUAUGAAAACUGUUUUCUUCCUGCCUCUCAACCUCUUUUGGCCCAAAGUCAAAAUGCGAAUUUUCUGUUUCCAUCUCUAUUUUAGUCCAGGCCAGAGAAUCAGUUGAGUUCUUGUUUUUAGUUGUUAAUAACUGUGAUGUGUGGCUAACUGUUCUCUCUAUUUAGAGCAAAGGCUGAGUACAAGAAUAUUUAUAUUUUACCAAUGUAUGCCUGUUACAAAAAAUAUAUUAGUUAUUUAAGUUUAACUUUUUUAUGUGAAUUCAGAGUUUAUUUAUCAAUGGAAAUAUGUAAAAAGAACCUCAAAUGGAGUAUUUACCGACAUUCCUUAUUCAUGACCCACACUUGGCUAAAUGGGAAGAUUAUGUUAAUAAUAAAAUGAUUUUU